AUGGACGCCGUUCAGCCGGCCGUCCGGCGAACAAGCCAUGACCAACCCCAUGGCGAAGGAAUGGAGAGAGAGGCAUUGCGGAGCGGCACCAGCCCACAGCGACCGAGCGAGAACCAAUGUUCUGCCAGUCUUCCACGCGGUUUCGAGGGUAUGCUAAAGACGACGACAGAGACAGGCGACAUUGGCAUGUUUUCUAUUAAGCCAUCACGCGUUCCUCAAAAUCUAGGCACGCCUCGAAGAUCUUCCGCAGGCUACAAGGAGUCCGGACUACAGAGACCUCGACACGACUUCGAGCCUUACGGAGUCCCCGUUGUCGACGAUAGGAGGCGUCUGCCCUCCUACGCGAGAGAUGCAGCUUCCGAAGUUAUCUCCAUGUACGAGACGGCAAGCCAGAAGACGGGAAGUCGGGUAUUCGACGAACCUGACUAUCGAUCAUAUUCUAUGACACAAACAUCGUAUUCGUCUUAUACCUUAUCAAAUCAUCGAUCUUAUGCCAGCCUCCGAAGCCAAGCCGAUGGCAGCAAUCCAGUCCAACGACCAAGAUCCCCAUUCGCGUAUCCAACUCGGUUGAAACGCCCUGGAUUCCGCCCAUCCUCCCCCGCACUGACGGAUGGGGGUUUUGUUGAUUACAGUCGCCGUGCCGAAAUUGAGAGAAUACCAAAAGGAUCUGGCCACAGCACUUCUUCCCCAUCUUCUCUGUAUGCGCAGAGACGCAGACCUAACCAUCCUAUGCUCCGCCAUGACGCGAACCGAUCGACUCCUUCCCUACUCAGCCAACCAUCACCUCACCGUCGAUCUUCAAGCCCCUUAGCUCCACAGCCCAAUGGGUAUCCAAGCCACGACUGGUCUCGCAGAGGUGGGCCAGCAUCGGUCAACACUUCACCAGCUCGCAGCACCUUCAGUCUAGCAUCCACUGUCAAUCUGUACAGUACCUUGCAGCCUCCAUCCACCACAACAACGCCUGGAAAGGUCCCUUCCUCCCCGCUUUACUAUGACUAUACAGAGGAUUUUGAAGUGGAGGUGCACACCGAAGCAGAGGCCCGGGAACCACCGCCUCUGUUCAGAAUCGAUAAGACCAUCCCGGAGGAUCGUCCCAUGAGCUCAGAGAGAUUGCCAACGGAGUCUCCCAGUCCACAGGACACUGAUAGUAAUAGAUUUACUGCUGCAGACGUGAUUUCUCAAAAGUCUAGCGCCAGAAGAUCGAGCGACGGGGUCCCAAAGCGAAAACCAACACCAUGUAAUGUCAGAGAACAUGCAAGUGCGGCUGGAGCGCUGCCAGUGGAUGUUGAAACUAUUUCACCACCACUGCACACAGAGGAUUCCCAAUUUGGGAAAGAUCUUAGCCUCUCAGGCCUAGGGUACGGAGCUCAACAACUAGGAAACCAUGUCGAUGAGGUGUUUGGAAUUUUCCCCGAGUCUGCUUUCGAAAUCACGGAUCCCAACAAAGGUGAACGCGACGUGGCUGCCCAGUCCCAAAUUGACCAGACCCCAGACAAUGGUCAUGGGAGAAACGUCGAUGCACAAUCCGCGAGGAUUUCUUACAGCACUAUCAUCAAUAUUCCAUCAUUCCCACCACCUUCAGAAGAUCAGGGCAGGGCAGAAGCGUCAUUCUCACCACUCACCGAAACAAAAGACUUUGUCUCAAGUUCGUCUCUGAUCGAGUCCCUACAGUCCCCAGCUCAACUUCCUCAAUCCAGUACCCGUCAAGAUUAUGGAACUACGGAGACUAUCAGCUCGGAAAUCCUCGAUACUGAUAUAAAUGCACGGAACCCAGCUACGUCCAGCACUGUCGAGGCUCUUUCCACUCAGCCAAAUGGUCGUAGCGGUUUGGGAGGCCAAAUCAAGAACACAGACGCACAAGAUACACCCCCUUCAAUGUCGUCUCUGAGUAGAACACCUAUGUUAUCUCCUGCUCUUCCUGGUGAGUCGAGAUUUCGAGAAAAAAGCAUUGAUUGUGGCACCGUACCCCCCAAAAAUAUACACAGGCGAAGAGCUGAGGAUGGCCGAGCCAUACCACAAAUUCGACCCUUGAAGCGUAGCCAAAACUACAGCGGGGACCAAACACUGGAGCUCUCCUCUCUCACAGAUGAUGUUCCAAACUUCAGUCACCAAAUCCCAAAGAAAACGGUGGCUCGAUCAGAAUCUCCGAUGCUUGCACCAAAGCCAAUCUCUCCAGCAAGGCAGCUGAAGUUGAAGAACAGUGUUCCGCAGCUCAUGAAGGCGCUACCCCCGCUGCCGCCUGAACCAUCCAGCUGGCCAAAAUUUCUACCAGAUGUUCCAUCAUCUGAAGAGAAUGAGCUACCAGAUAAAUUCCCCCCUCUUCAGCCGGAAGCCGACAGGGCUGUGAUUCAAAAGAGUCCAGGAAUCCACGCGAAGGCCUUCUUGGUCAAUUAUGAAAGUGAGUUGAAGAAGGGCUUGACAGCUGUAGAAAGGGUGCCAGCUCAAAGACCACCUGAAGAGAAGACAGUGCCACUGGGCACCCCUGAUUAUGCAUUACCUCUUCCUAGGUUGAAGCUCAAGAUAAAGAGUUUGAGUCAGCGCUCUGUGUCUCCUCCGGAUUCUCGGCCAUGGAAUAUCGCUGAGAACUACACGUGGUCAACACAAAAUCCAAUCGUUCGCCUGCCACAAAUCGCUCAAGAUCCCCAGUCUCCAAGUUCGAAAACUCCAAAAUUUAGACUAAAGGUUAUCAGAGCUUCAAACUCAUCUCAAGGGACUGUUCGUGUGAAUCGGGAUUCGGUAGAUUCAAGGCCUUUGGUGGGCACUCAAUUGCGAAGCCCGAAAGAUCUUUUUACUCCAAGUUCAGGCAUUGAUCAUAUCUUCCGCCAAGUCAGUAGACAUCUUCAUUCGAGGAAAGCAAGCAGCAGCAGCAGCCAUGCAAGUCGAAAUGAAGAAGCAACUUUGCCGCGAAUUCCAAUUUCAAACCCGACAUCUAAUAGCGGCCCUGCAUACGCGGAAUCCUCGCAAGCUUCAGCGGCAUCAGCAGAUCCUGAUCCACUCAGCCCCGCCGAAGCUCGAAGCGUUUUCUCAGAUGAUAGCUCGCAUGCCCCAAGCAACCAUAGUCUACAUCUGCGGGGAAGACUUUCCAAUUUACGAGCGAGAAUCGCUGCUCCUUAUGCCAUGAGAGCCGGUACUCAAUCAUACGACGAUAUCACUUGGAAGGAUAGGAAUGGUCCGGAAGUACCAGUGCCUGUGGCCACAAGAUCUAUCCCAAAUCUUCAUGAUAGUAGGAAAAGCGCUGAUCAUGUUGGACCCGUGCGUCGUCUCGUGGAGAGGGCACAUCGACAAAGGCUGAGGGCAAAGGUACACGGAUGGCUGAAAGGUGCAAAGUCUGCCAUUGCAGCUCGAGUAAAAUUGCGAAGCACCACAGCACGGGGAGGUUCAGAUGCUGGAACGGGAUAG